AACGGACGGAAGCCCUGCACCUAGAGGGUGCCAUGGUGGGUGAAGGCGAAGUGAGUCUCCUGGGCGGAGAGGUCGGGGGGCCGUCUUUGUUUGAUUAAAAGAGGCCACUUCCACUGAUUUAACAAUUAAGGGGCUACUGGAGCUAAGAGCCCAGCUCUCCCACAGGCAGAAGAAGUCAGUCCCUGGAAAACGCACCUGUGUCCAGUAGCAGAGCAACAUGGCUCUGUGGGGAGCCGUACUCGCAUCCCUUCUCCUGGCUGUUGAUUGCUGGCAUGACCUCGACAAUUCAGAAUAUGACUGCUGGCCCAUGUCUGAGCCCAAUGAUUACAAUAUGAUAAGCUGUGGAGGGCUGGAGAUGGCUUGGGUCCAGCGUCCUCCUGAGAAAGUAACGGAGGGAGAGGAGUUUAACGUCACCUAUUCAGUUACGGCUGCCGACUCCUUCUAUGAUUACGCUGUGAAAAACGAGAUUUUCCAGUUCAGCAACGCCGCGGAGGCCAAGCGCUUCUGUCACGAGCACGAGUGUCCCGCCAACUGGAAAAACGCAAACGAGCACAACUGCUGCGUGUACCACGCUAACAUCCACUCCUGCCCGCUCGCCCUCAUGAGGCAGGGAGGUAUAUGUGGACCCUGGAUCCCAGAUGAUGGGGAGAUUGUGACGCACACAGUUUCUAAGGCGGGGAAGAUGAGUCAGCAACUGUGGACCUCAAAGGUGGUACUGGUGCACUUAGGCAUGACCUCCCUUAUUGCCCAUGUUAAAGUUGGAAAGAUGCACGCAGCCCUGGAGUCCAAGGUCGUGGUUGUCAGUGCGCAAGUGUGUGGAGAUAACAUCUGUGAGCUGGAGGAGAGCUGCUUGAAUUGCCCGGCAGACUGUGGUGUUUGCCCGAUGUCCAUGUCCAUCAAAGUUGCCAUCGGGCUCCCCGUCACCCUCUUCUUUAGUGGCUUCAUCUUAACCAUAAUGUGGAUUCAGUACCAAAAGCAAAAGAUGUUUUGGGAUGAGAGCUGGAUCAUCGCCUACAACAGCAUCAUGUUUGGUAAAGUGUGCUACUAUGGCUUCUGCAGCACCACCAGCCUACAGCCGGUGAAGAGCAACUCCAGCGUGAGCAGAGCCACAGACGUCACCGUCUGCACGGUCAUGAAUUCAGGCUUCAAACCGGGCUUCAUCCAGCCAGGCAUUUAUGAUGGCAAAACCGUGGCCGUGAAAAACAUCCAGAAGAAGCACUUCACCCUCUCCAAGACCAUCAGGAAAGAGGUGAAAGAGGUUCGGGAACUGGAUCACCCUAACUUGUGCAAGUUCAUUGGUGGAUGCAUUGAAGUCCCAUUUAUCAACAUCAUCACAGAGUACUGCCCAAAAGGAAGUCUUGCCGAUGUUCUUCUGAAUGAAGACAUCCCAAUCAACUGGGGCUUUCGGUUGUCUUUUGCCACUGAUAUUGCUCGUGGAAUGUCCUACCUGCAUCAGCAUAGAAUGUUUCAUGGGAGACUUCACUCGAGAAACUGUGUAAUCGAUGACCGUUGGGUCUGCAAAAUUUCAGACUACGGCUUAGAAGCCUUCAGGAAGGAGGACUUUGAGGCCAUCAGUAACACAUUCCACUGUGAGAGCCCCUACAGGAUAUACUGCGCCCCUGAGGUCCUCCUGGGGAGUAGUUUUGCCUUCACCGCACCAGCUGACGUAUACAGCUAUUCCAUUAUUUUAGUGGAGAUUGCGUCCCGUAGUGAUCUUAUUUCUGAGCAGACAGAGCUUGUGAAGCUGGACGUCAUGUGGCGUCCGCAGCUUCCCGAGCUGAAAGCAGGAAAAGCUGACACCGACUGCCCCGAUCAAAACGAUUACUGUGAGCUCAUCAAGAGGUGCUGGGCCCACAAUGUUGCCAUGAGGCCAACCUUUGAGCAGGUGAAGAAGUUUCUGGACAAAAUGAACCCCCACAAAGUCAGCCCUGUAGACAUGAUGAUGAACCUGAUGGAGAAGUACAGCAAGCAUUUGGAGGCUAUUGUGGCUGAGCGGACACAGGAUCUCCUCCAAGAAAAACAGAAGACAGACCGCUUACUCUACAGUAUGUUACCAAAGCCGGUUGCUGAUGAUCUCCGUCAAGGGCGCACAUCUGAGGCUCAGAGCUAUUCUAAUGCCACUGUUUAUUUCAGUGACAUAGUGGGCUUCACCCAGCUAUCAGGCUCCAGCACCCCUCAUCAGGUGGUGGACUUUCUCAACAAACUCUACACCACGUUUGACGACAUCAUCGACAACUACGAUGUGUACAAGGUGGAGACCAUAGGAGAUGCAUACAUGGUGGUCUCCGGCGUGCCGAAGGAGAAUGGCAUUAACCACGCAGGAGAGAUUGCAAGCAUGGCCUUGGAUCUCGUCAGUGUGUGCCACGCCUUUAAAAUCCCCCACAAACCCACCACACAGCUGAAGAUAAGGGCUGGCAUCCACUCAGGCCCUGUGGUUGCUGGCGUUGUUGGAACCAAGAUGCCCCGGUACUGUUUGUUUGGCGACACAGUGAACACGGCAUCCCGAAUGGAAUCCACGAGCGAAGCUCUGAAGAUCCAGUGCAGUGAUUCAACAGCGGAGUAUCUGCAGACCCUGAAAGGGUACAUUCUGACCUGCCGCGGCUCACUUCUUGUGAAGGGCAAAGGAGAGAUGACGACUUGGUGGCUGGAGGCGAAGAGAUGUCUGACUGACCCACUACAGGCAAACCGAGAGCCUGACGAAGUUCCAGUGCCUGUCAGCAAUUAGCCUGUCAAUGAGAUAGAUGUGAAAUAAAAUCAUGGACAGACUACUAUCUUGACUUGAUACAAAUAAACAUGUUUCAAUGUUGAAUUAUGUGAUAGAAGAGAAGAAUACAAGAAAGCAGCUUAUGACAAAGAGAACAUUGUUUACUAUACAAAAUUGUAUAUGGGGCAGUGUUAUUUUUUGUCAUCAAUAUAUUAUAUUGUAUCACUGUUCUUUUUGUCAUCCGUUGCUUAAAUGUGAAAUCAGAUGUAGUGUCUCUGUAGGCCUAUCAUUUGCUACAUCUGUAGUUUUUUUUCUCUUUUGCUGUGGACAAACUGUUACUGAUUGUCAGAUGUCUAGUGAGUCCAGUGAGUCUAGCCAAAGAAUAACUCUACAUCUGAUGCACCUAUGUAUCACAUCUAUGUAUGUAUUUAAGGUGUUCUUGCCCUAUUAGACUGCCUUGGAAUAUAAGCGCAAGCUGCGCAACUGUAAGUGUAUGUCUGCCCAUUUCAGUGUGCUUGGUUUUGCAUCACAACAGAAAGUCUUAGGCUGCAUAUUGUUAAUGAAAAUAUAAAGUCUUUUUGAGCUAAUCGGCAAACAACUGUCAAAUAAAGCAUUUACAGAAGAA